AUGGAGCCGACUGGAUCUUCGCAUGCGGUUUUGGUUGCCGAUGAUUUUCAGACGCAGGUGGAUGUGUUGUAUGCACAAAUCCUUGCGAGUGUCGACUUUUCAAUUGAUAACAAUCUUGAGAGCGCCUGUGGCGCGAAAUCCGUGACUCAGCGCCCUGUGCGGAAGCGUGGUGCAUCGGUUGCGUGUUCCGCCUCUGUCGUGAAGGACGUGGCAGUCGGAGAGAAGGUUUGUUGUUUUUGUGCAGAUGACAUUGUGGACGUUUCUACUACCACAGCGUCAACCAUUCUAAUGAGUGAUGUGAAUCGUGUUUGCGGCUGCAGUUGUCAUCUUCCAUGCGCCGCACGAGGCUCACAUCCAGAGCAACAGCAGCAUCAGCAGAAUAGUGUAAAUACGUCGAGGGAGUGUCUAGGCGCCAUGCCACGCAGUGUUUCUUCGCCGCAAAAAACUGCAGGUGGGGCGUAUGGGGCGUAUGGUCGUAGUAAAACGGGGGGGUUAGUACCGCCGAGGCAGUGUCAGCCACCUUCGACAUUUGGAAGUGGUCGCAGUGGCAUGUGUGAUUCGAUUAAAAAAACUUCUGCGCCCGGUCCGGGGUCCUACUUCCGUGGCGACGAUGAAGUCAUGCGUUAUUCGAUGGCCACGCGCAGUCACAGCAAAAAUCCUCCUGUUGGAGGAGGUGGAGGGGCUGUGGGCAACUGUGGCCCACUCGGCACCCGUCAUGCCCGUCGUAGUGCGGAAGAUGCAGCAAGGGCGUUGCAGCGCCAGUUUACGCUGCUUUGCCAGUGCUAUUGGAAGCAGUUCCCGGAGUUGGGGAUUUCGACAAAUGCCGCGGCGCAUGCGAGGAAUUGUCCCUGCCACUCCAUCCACACGGCCUCGCCAGGGGGAACUGAUAGCCACAGCAGCAGCAGCAGCAGCAGCAGAAGUAGCUGUAAUGAUGCUUCUUUUCGUGUGGGUGCGAAAAAAACAUUAGGACGGAGGCCCGUCGUUCCUCUCACAUCAUCCCCAUUUCGUGUGGUUUCCCCAUCAACGAAAAGAGGUGCCGUGUUUGGUACCUCGCCGUGUCGGGUACCAUCCACGGAAAAGCAACAGCAGCAGCAGCGAUCGACCCACACGGAGAGUGUGGAGAAUGGUCCACGAAAGGGAAGAGGUCCUUUGGUGCGGGACAACACGCCCUCACGUGGAAGACCGUUGCAAUUGACCUCGACACCCGGCCCGGGCGCGUACAACGUCGCCAGUGCUUUUGACGCGGCCUCCGCUCGAGGAAAGACAAGAAGCGUCUCCAUAGGAAAGGCAGCGCGGCGGUUACAUACGCCGACAGAGUCACCAGGGCCGGGGACAUAUGACACCGAAUCCAAAGGGCAGACAGGAGCUCAAGUCAAAAAUAAUUAUUUUCUCACAACGAGCUCACGCCAGCUUCAGUGGAUGGCAAAACACGAUGGCGAGUGUAGUCCUGGUCCAGGGGAGUACUCGACAGAAAAUGCGACACGCACAGAUGCACGACACAAAAACUCCCCUGCAUUUUCAUUUGGUCGGGCCAAACUGCCAGUUGAUGCCAAGAGACUCGUGGACGCAUCAGCCAUGGGGAAACCAGAUGAAGUUCCAGGACCGGGAACAUACGACGUUCCAAUGAUGGUGCCUGACGGUGCUACCGUUAUAGGUGGAAGAAGUGCCGUUAUUACAACUGCGAGGCGUGACGACAACAUGUGGCGUGGUGUGUAUUAUCCACCCGAUGAUGUUCCAGGGCCGGGGCAUUAUGUGAUUUUAAAGGAAAUAACAGGUCCUCAGUGGACAUUCUCAACGAGAGGGUUGCCAUCUGUUCUUGAAGAACCUUCUCCUGGUCCAGGUGAUUACUCUAUUCCCAUCUUUGAUGUGCGUCGAGGGCGCUCCGCAACUUCUUUCUUUCCUACAGCGCCACGUUUAUUGCAUGAGGAAGCGAAUCGGGCAGCGAAUCUCCCUGGGCCAGGGGCGUAUGAUGUGGAGGAUGUGGCAGGUGUCACACGAUCGGCUUUUAUAGGUACGACACAGCGUUUCUUCAAACCGGAAUCCCAAGAGGAAGGUGUUCCAGGACCUGGGGCAUACGUCGUAAAGCACACAGCACGUGAACGACACAUAGCGGUUCCACUUCUCGCAUCCACUGCUCCAAGAUUUUAUGGUUGUGACAGUGUCGACUCGAGGGACCUGAUACCCGGGCCCGGGCACUAUGAUGUUGAUGACAAUAUGAGAAUGCUACAUGAACGCGGUGCUAUUAUCGGAACUGCAUCGCGCGCACUGUCCUUGGAUACGGCUGUUGCUACCGCUGCAACCGAUGCGGGACCGGGUGCCUAUGACAUUACGCUACCCAAGGAUGGUCCUUCCUUCUCUAUGCGACAGCGGUUGAUGGAUCGUACAGUGAAUGGAGAUCCAACACCUGGGCCUGGGAAGUACGACCCACGUGAAUUAUCUCAAGGCCCGAGUGCUGUUGUGGGCAUUGCGGCGCGAUUCCAAUCAGCUGAUGAGGAGAUGUUGUGCAACAGUGUUCCUGGUCCGGGUGCCUAUGAGGCUGCGUUACCUGAAAAGUUAUCCACAACGGCUUUUUUUGGCACGAGUCCUCGUUUUGUGAAAAACGAGGCUGUUAUGGAUGAAAAGAUGGGAGGCGGACUUGGUCCUGGAAUGUACGAUCCGCGGGAAGCUAGAAGCAAUAUUGCAGGUGCCGCGUGGGGCACCAGCCCUCGGUUUUUUCAAGAGGAAUACAGAGACAUUCCUGGACCCGGGGCGUACGAAGUUGCAUCAUCUUCACCCAUGCGCGGCGUUGUUUUUGGGAAUGCAAACGAUAAGUCCGAUUGGAUCAUACCGGCAGACGCAGCGAAUCUACCCGGGCCCGGGUCAUAUCUUCCCCAAGGUGCACCCGAGCGGAUGGCUUCCGCGGUGGUGUUUGGGUCCUCGCCGAAAAAUGCUCUUUCACCCGAAGAGCGAGAGGCUUUUAUGCAAAGACAUAUUGGACCAGGAUCGUAUGAUGCGGUAUUGCAGGUUCCACAUGCGUUUCACGCUACUUUUGGAGGAGCUGAUACAAAACGGUUGGGAGAGGGGAAACCCUCAGAUACAACGCCUGGUCCUGGACAAUACGCCACCACAGCAGAGAGCCAAGCUUUUGUGCCACGAGGCGUUGUGUUUGGAACCGCGUCUCGAGUGCCCCCAUUGCAGGAUGCGGCGGGAACGCCAGGUCCAGGUGCGUACGUCCCAACACUGCAGCCGAACGACGGGUCAGUCAUGGGGCCUGUCUCCUUCCCAACUGCUCCCCGAUUCCACGGCGGAAGUGAAAGGUUUGGUGAUGGCAACACCUAUGAUACGCCAGGGCCUGGCUCCUAUGUUUUGGAUAAUGCAGGGGACCAGUUGGGGGGACGGGGAGUAGUUGUAUUUGGGACAGAACCCCGCAUUCCAGAUUAUGAACAACGAGAGCGCGCCCUCUUUCCUGGUCCUGGUCAAUAUGAAUGCGUACAGGACGCAACGACGACGAACGGUCCGGCAUACUCUUUUGGGAAAAAUCCACGCAUUUCAAUGCAUGGGAAUAAUGACGAUGGUGGUUUUGUUGGUGGUGGUCAAGCCGGUGAUGUCCCAGGCCCAGGGUCGUAUGAUGUCGUUAUUCCGACUCUUACUGCACCCACAACUCGUUUCGGGACCUCAAAUCGUACGGUGGGACCUUUGCUUCUAUCAGAAGUUCCUGGCCCUGGGACAUAUGAUGUGACGAAAACAACAACGGUGGCGGCAGCGUCUGCCCCUGCCUAUCGAUUUUCAACAGCUCCACGUGAAUCACACGUUGAUGCCAGUGAUACGCCAGGACCCGGGCAGUACGGAGACUCGGCUGCAGACGGAAGCAUGUGGCGCCGCUUCACUGGAGCGUCAUUCCCUACAGAAUCGCGUUUUACUACUGGAAAAGAGACGGAUGUUAUUCUCCCCGGGCCGGGUCAGUACUCACCCCAACAUCCGCAAUGGAAUGCGUCACAAGUGUAUUCCUUUCCAUCCGGCAAGAAGGAGUUUUUUGUCGGAAACGAUGAAUUGCCUGGCCCGGGCACAUACAAUCCUACGAUAUCGCCUACAGGAAAUAGUAUUCGCUUUGGUACCGCUGAGAGAGGUGGUGAACAAUCCGGUCAGGACGGAGAUGUGCCCGGCCCGGGGACAUAUGAUGUCACUUUAAAUCGACAAGAGGGUCCUGCAUUUUCUAUGCAUCGCACUGCACCACGUGGACCCACGCUGGUGGAAGUGGAAAAGUCUUACAUCCCCGGGCCUGGUACAUAUACUUUGCCUCCCGCCUUCCCUGCGACUGAAGGUGCCGGGACGGGUGUCUCUUUUCUUAAAGCUGAGCGCUUUAAGACUUUUGAUACCGUCGUUGAUAACGUGGAUUGCGUCGGAUCCCUCACGGCGCCCGGCCCGGGCUAUUACGAUCCGCAACUGCCGCAGUCAACAACCGGGGUUUUUAUUGCUCGUGCGCCGCGGCUGGCCGAGGUGGGGGAUGCUACUGCAGGCGUUACAGACCUACCAGGGCCAGGGCAUUACGAGGUAAGGCGUGGAGACCCUCUCCUCACUACGCCGCUGGAUGGAGGUGUGGCCAUGCGCUUUACAGCGGCUCGUUUCCCUCUCAGAGAUGAGGCGACCGCGUCGGAAAUGCCAGGUCCAGCCUCAUAUAGCCCCGUAGCGCCACAAAACACGACAAGUGGAGCGUCCUUUCCCCACGCACCACGGUUCGUGUUGACUGAGACGCAGGAACGGGCAGAACAGCCUGGUCCAGGCGAGUACAGCCUACCGUCUGCAUGGUGCCCGUCGCAGGACGUCAGUUAUUCUUUUGGCACAAGUAAAAAAAUAGAAAAUGUGUAUACCACGCAAGAUAUUCCAGGGCCGGGUAGUUACGAUACAAAUCGCUACGCCACACGGUACUUGACAGGUCCAGCGUUCACUGUACAAGGAAAAUCAACCUAUAAAGAUGGGCAUGCAGGGGCUGAGUAUCCUGGACCCGGCGCGUACUCUCCUCAGCCUGUGGAGACAGCACGCACGACAACAUUUGCUCCUCCUUCUACAGUAGACCCUGAUGCAGUCUUUGCAGCGCGUGUGAAUGCCACUCCUGGGCCGGCAACAUACGCCAUUCCUGCCGCGCUUAGCAGUCAGACAGUGGCGUUUGGAACGGCCCCAAGAACCCUAGAAAAAACCGAAGAUCUUCCGGGUCCCGGUGCUUAUUUGACAAGCGGACCGAUUGUGAUGCCGAGCCAACCUGCAUUUAGUUUUGGUCACGCCUCUCGCCCCGAUAUUGUCCCACAGACUCAAAAGAAUGCCCCCGGGCCAGGUGAAUAUCAUCAUCCCAUAGACCCAGGGCCACCCGUGCCAGCAUUUACGUUUGCUGGAGCUGAACGCUUUGCUGAAGCACAAGCGGUUAGUACAACUGACCCGGGGCAGUAUUACCACCCUGCCCCUGCAAUUCAGCCGAGAGGUCCAUCGUUUGGUUUUCCAACCACUAUCAGCACCAUGACGACAGCAGCAGAAGCAGCGGCUGGGGUGCGUGCAGGAACUGGAAGCGGUCUUGGCCCAGGGGUGUACUUUCACCCGUCUCACUGGGAUUUGAGAGAGCGUGGACCGUCUUUUCCCGUCACACUGGGCCACUAUCCGCCAGCGUUAGGAGCGGAUACGCCGGGACCCGGGGCGUAUCACGUGGAACCACGUCAAAACACACCGCUUGCUGCAAUGACGGCACAAAUUAGGGACUUGAAUACGAAAUGA